UGGCGUCAUUGGGAUCGUCAUUUCCUGCCAGUACCGGUGUGGACGGUGCGGGUCGUGGCCGCCGCUUCUCCGGUUCUCCCCCUCCCCUACUUUCCUCCCUCCUUCCCUCUCCCUCCCUUGGCGGCUGUCGGUCGCCCGUCGCAGACUCCCUGACCCAUCCCCAACCCUUUCCUGACCUCGGUCCUACCCGAUUGGUCUCUUUUUCCUGUUUUUUUUUCGGCCCAGUCCCAGUCGCCAGUGUCAGGGCGGGGGCCUUGAGCCAGAGGCUGCGGCGGAGGAAAGAAAAGACGAGACGACCCUCGGCUCCGCAGCGGGAUCGCUCGGUUCGUCGCCGCCAUGGCAAUGAGGCAGACGCCGCUCACCUGCUCGGGCCACACGCGGCCUGUGGUUGAUUUGGCCUUCAGUGGCAUCACGCCUUAUGGCUAUUUUUUAAUCAGCGCUUGCAAAGACGGGAAACCUAUGCUCCGCCAGGGAGAUACAGGAGACUGGAUUGGAACAUUUUUGGGUCAUAAGGGUGCCGUUUGGGGCGCAACAUUGAAUAAGGAUGCCACUAAAGCAGCUACAGCAGCUGCAGAUUUCACUGCCAAAGUGUGGGAUGCUGUCUCAGGAGAUGAAUUGAUGACCCUGGCUCAUAAACACAUUGUCAAGACUGUGGAUUUUACGCAGGAUAGUAAUUACUUGUUAACUGGGGGACAGGAUAAGCUUUUACGCAUAUAUGAUUUGAACAAGCCUGAAGCAGAACCUAAGGAAAUCAGCGGUCACACCUCUGGUAUUAAAAAAGCUUUGUGGUGCAGUGAGGAUAAACAGAUUCUUUCAGCUGAUGAUAAAACUGUCCGCCUUUGGGAUCAUGCUACCAUGACAGAAGUGAAAUCUCUAAAUUUUAAUAUGUCUGUUAGCAGUAUGGAAUAUAUUCCUGAGGGAGAGAUCUUGGUAAUAACUUACGGACGAUCUAUUGCUUUUCAUAGUGCAGUAAGUUUGGACCCAAUUAAGUCCUUUGAAGCUCCUGCAACCAUCAAUUCUGCAUCUCUUCACCCUGAGAAAGAAUUUCUUGUUGCAGGUGGUGAAGACUUUAAACUUUAUAAGUAUGAUUAUAAUAGUGGAGAAGAAUUAGAAUCCUACAAAGGGCACUUUGGUCCUAUUCACUGUGUGAGAUUUAGUCCUGAUGGAGAACUCUAUGCCAGUGGUUCUGAGGAUGGAACAUUGAGACUAUGGCAAACUGUGGUAGGAAAAACAUACGGCCUUUGGAAAUGUGUACUUCCUGAAGAAGAUAGUGGUGAGCUGGCAAAGCCAAAGAUCAGUUUUCCAGAGACACCAGAAGAAGAGCUAGAAGAAAUUGCUUCAGAGAAUUCAGAUUCCAUCUAUAGUUCAACUCCUGAAGUGAAGGCCUGAGCAUUGGGCAUAUGCCACAGAUAAUGUACAAGUUAUGGACUAAAACAAACAAGCAGAGAAAAGCAUCAGCCUCCCAGAGUUACUCUCUGCUUAAGGCAAACAUGAGCAGUAAAUAAUGGGGAAUAUGAAUUAGCUCCAGUGCUGGAACUAACUUGGUGUUACCUGUACGUGAAAAGGCAAGAGUAUCAGAUGAAGGCAGGUGGAACUAGGCUCUUGUGGUAUGAUGAUGGCCUAUUGUCUUUUUAAUGAAUAUGUGCGAGCCAACAUCCAAUUUCUCUUAUUACACUUAGAGUUCUUGUAGCUGUUUAUGUUAUUAUGGAGAAGAAAAAUAUAUUGGCCUAUUUUUCUGACUUUUCCCUUAAAGCAGAAAGCCUUUUUUUUUUUUUUUUGCUUUAGUUGUAAAGAAGAGGGAAUACGUGAUAAAGUAAUUGGUUUGAUUUCUCUUUCAUUGUACACUGCUUCUGAACAUCUGAUUGUUUUAGUUGUCUAAAUAAAAUACCUCUAAAACAAAACAA